CGGCGGCGGCACUACAGCUCCCGGCGGCGGCACUACAGCUCCCGGCGGCCCGCGCAGCCGCCGCCGGCACAAGAUGGCGGCGCCGGGGCCCGCGCAGCUGCCAGCGCUGCAGGGGCUGCUGAAGGCGCCCUCGAAGGAUGCCGUGCGGCAGCUGUGCCAAGAGUGCUUCUCCAGCCCGCCCGCCGGCCUCGGCCCGUUGGCGCUGCGCACCUCUGCCGGCCUCGCCCUCAGCCCCGCAGAAGCAGAGCAGCUGGUGUCUGCUUUGCACGGCCUCACCAGGCAUGUCGUGUACCGUGGCCUGACCAGGGCAGAAGAUAUCCUCUCUCUCUUCCCAGAAACCUUCCACCAAAACCUGAAAAACCUCCUCACUAAGAUAAUCUUGGAGAACAUCUCUGCUUGGAGGAAUGAAGCACAAGCAAGUCAGAUCUCCCUGCCUCGCCUGGUUGACAUGGACUGGAGGGUGGACAUCAAGACAUCUUCAGACAGCAUCAGCAGAAUGGCAGUCCCCACCUGCCUGCUUCAGCUGAAGGUCCAGGAGGAUGUUGCCUUAUGUGGGAACAGCCCUGUUGUCUCUGCACUGACCGUGGAGCUGAGCAAAGAAACCCUGGACACUAUGUUGGAGGGUCUGGGAAGGAUCCGGGACCAGCUUUCUGCCGUUGCAAACAAAUGAAUACACAAGGGCAGGGAGGGCAGCAGUGAGGGGGGGAGCAUUCUCCACCUGCAGCUCUCAGCAGUUGCAGCCUAGUGUACCAUAUUCUCUGGGUUGGUUUGGUUUUACACAUCAGACAAAAUCGAUUUCCUCAUUAAUAGGAUAGCUUUGGAAAAGCUAACAACUAAAGGGUCCUUGGGCCUGGUGUCAGAAUGUUUUCCUAAUGUGUUGUUGGACUGAAGCUGACCUUUUCCAGGAGAGGGUUUAAGGGCUUGGCUUAAUCUCAAGGGUCAUAAUUUGAAACAGCAAAUAGCUGCAGCCAGUGAAGCAAGUGCUGUCUGCUCCCAAAUGAGGUUCUGAAAGCCUGGAGUUGGUUAAUGUGCUGCCUUCCAGCAUGAGCAGCUCUUCUUGGGAACGUGGCUGCUGUGAGGUGCAGGCUGGAUGGAGCAACUCUGCCUCUGAUCGGAGCACAGCUAUGCUGCAGACUGUUACUGCAGGAUAAUGCUUUGAAAGAGGGCAUUUAUGCUGCACCACAUUCCCUUCUGACCAGCUCCACAGCACCUUUUGCACAGGCACUAGGUUGAAUGCCUUGAGCAGCAAGUAAUUCCCUCUUUCUAUUGGAAAACAUGAACUCAGAUGACUGAUGGUUGGGUUUGUUGGGCUCUGAGUUGUGCCUUCACUGCGCAAAGCCAGGCUGAGAUGGUAAAGACCUGAGGGCUGCUACCUGUACAGUAGGGAACCCUUUUGUGGCAGCAUGUGCCUGUUGCUCCCCCAAAGUCUGCUGUUGGAUGUUUUUGUAUGACUCUUCCUUUCAUUAAAAAAUGAACUCCCUGA